GCUGAACCUUGGCGGCAACAUUGCCUUUGUUACGUUAUCUCACAACGGCAGCUCGCGUGAAAUUGAGUGCCCAUAAAGUGGUGCUUCACUCUCUGAUUGCACUUUUGAGCGCUUUUCUUAUGCGUUUGCACAUCCUGAAAAGCGUGCAUGUGCAUUCAACUUAACCACUGCAAACCGACCCUGAUUGAUUUCCCGACGUUUUUUGCAGCGGGCAAGACGGUAUACGACUUGACCAUUUCCACCUUGAUGAUGACUGCGGUGAUGCAUUGGUCGGUCGAGUCCGUCGAAGAUUGUGCCAGUGCUUCAACGUCGCAAGAUGUUGCGGAAGUUAAUGACAACAUUUCUGAAUCUGCAAAAGGUGCCAAAUCGCUAGAGUGCAGAGUGUGCCAACGGAAGUUCUUUAGCAAGCUCACCCUCACUGAGCAUCAGGCACGGCACGAGGGCCGGAUGCUGUACUCGUGCACCAUCUGCAAACGGCAGUUCCGUCAGAAGAGCGGUCACUGGCGCCACAUGAAGGCGAAGCACAUACCGGACAAGCCCAAGAAGCGCUAUCCUUGCCCCAAGUGUAACAAGGACUUUUCCCGUUCGACGUAUAUGAAAGCGCACCUGGCCUCCCACGACGAGUCGCAGAGGGGCCGCUUCACGUGUGAGGUCUGCCAGCGGACUUUCCUCCAGAAGUCUGAUCUGAGCCGCCACCAGAAGACGCACGACAAGCAGCAGUCGUUCAAGUGCACCACCUGCAAACGAGAUUUCUCGAGCCUGGCAAGCCAGAAACGGCAUGAGAAAGAACACGACCCAGCAGGGAAGGCGCCCUGCGUCCACUGUAGAGCAACAUUCACGCGCUCCUACAAGCUGAAGGAGCACGUUGCGAAAUUCCACAGUGGCGCGGUGCUUUUUAAACCACUCUUGCCAAAAGAAAGCUCAAGCCAGACCACAAGUGCACCUAGAAUGGAAAGAGAGCUUCUGUCACAACAUUGCGACAAUAGUGCUGCGCUGCAGAGAACGGACCGUUGCACCACAGACGGUCUGCCGACUCAAGCCAAAGGCGACUCUCUUCUGAGGCAAACGUUGGCAACUCUCGUCGAUGUGGCACCCAUGAACACUUCAGAGAUCUGCAGCAGCUCAGAACUGAAUGGAAACCCAGGACAGCUUCAAGGGCAUCAUUCAAGUAGUGGCACAAGAGCAACUGAGUUUGGUGCUAGCGGUGUACUUACAAGUAAUGCGACAGCACAGCCAACAGAGCUAAUACUAACAGGUAUGGGAAGCUUGGCACCAUUGCAAAGUGGUGUUGAUGUUCUUGCAGCUAUGGAGACAGCAGACCAGGGGGACAUCCUUCAGUGUUUGGCUGAGGUACCGCAAAUCGAGUUGAAUGACUGCAACUUCGGUGCCGCGUCUCGGGCUAACUUUGUGAGCCAUUUCGACUUUCUGAGCCGGCCUUGUUACGAUUAGCUGUCAUGCUUCGUAAUAAGUUGAAUUUGAUGGGCAAUGUCAUUGCCCAUCAAAUUCAACUGUGAAUGCUGUUCAGUUUUAUUCUGACAAAGUGAGCCAUAUUCGUUGCUUUAAUUAUUGUAUUAUUUUACCUGAACGACCAGACUAUUCUUUUUAUAUACAUUACACUCGGGCUUAACAGAACCAUACUUUAGUUAUUUCUCACUGGUGGAUGUAAAGCUUACAUCACCCUGUCUUUCAUUUUCGUUGUCUAAUCUACGUUGCAAAUGCUUCCUUUAAUGAAGCAUUUGCCUUUCAUUAACAGGCCUUCAAGCAUUUGAUUCAUCUAACUUGGGUUCACACAACAAUCGUUAUUGCCCAUCAAAUUCAACUGUGAAUGCUGUUUAGUUUUAUUCCGACAAAAUGAGCCAUAUUCGUUGCUUUAAUUAUUGCAUUAUUUUACCUGGACGACCCGACUAUUCUUUUAUAUACAUUACACUCGGGCUUAACGGAAUCGUACUUUAUUUAUUUCUCACUGGUGCAUGUAAAGCUUACAUCACCCUGUCUUUCAUUUUCGUUGUCUGAUCUACGUUGCAAAUGCUCCUUUUAAUGAAACAUUUGCCUUUCAUUAACAGGCCUUCAAGCAUUUGAUUCAUCUAACUUGGGUUCACACAACAGUCGUCAUUGCCCAUCAAAUUCAACUGUGAAUGCUGUUUAGUUUUAUUCCGACAAAAUGAGCCAUAUUCGUUGCUUUAAUUGUAUUAUUUUACCUGAACGACCCGACUAUUCUUUUUAUAUACAUUACACUCGGGUUUAACAGAAUCAUACUUUAGUUAUUUCUCACUGGUGCAUGUAAAGCUUACAUCACCCUGUCUUUCAUUUUCGUUGUCUAAUCUACGUUGCAAAUGCUUCCUUUAAUGAAGCAUUUGCCUUUCAUUAACAGGCCUUCAAGCAUUUGAUUGAUCUAACUUGGGUUCACACAACAGUACCUGUGAACGUUGAAAUAGUUUGUAUUCCUUGAUUCUAGUCAAGAAGUUGUCAGGCAUCUAGAGCUACAAGCAAAACUGAAAUAGAAAAAUCUGCGUGUGCAGUGCGAUGUCACCUAGAUGGUGGCUCUUAUGUUCCUCUCAUUGUACUUUACACAUUGUUGCUAGCUUGGUGCCUUGUUGGUGUAUUUCGUAGCAAUGCCUUUUCCGGUGAUAGUUUGUAUUCCUUGAUUCUAGUCAAGAAGUUGUCAGGCAUCUAGAGCUACAAGCAAAACUGAAAUAGAAAAAUCUGCGUGUGCAGUGCGAUGUCACCUAGAUGGUGGCUCUUAUGUUCCUCUCAUUGUACUUUACACAUUGUUGCUAGCUUGGUGCCUUGUUGGUGUAUUUCGUAGCAAUGCCUUUUCCGGUGCAGUGCACGGUGUUGAUGGAAAGUUAGUCUUCUGUAUAAGUUAUGCUAAGAACAGCAUAUUUUUAACCAUAUCACAAAACAUUGUACAAUGGUAUUUUAAUAAAUAUUGAUCAUUAAGUUUGUA